AUGCCUCAACAACCUCCACAGCAGUAUGACAUCGGUAACUCUGGAACCACCAAUUAUCCACCCACUCAAUACAACAUUGGUCUAGGAACGGUGGGAGCUCAAUAUUUACCGAAUCAGCCACAACAUGAACCAACAAGUACCACCACCUAUGAAAAACCGCCAAGUUAUGAACUGGAUGAAGAAGAUAUGGCAGCAAAUGAACACUCUCUUCCUCCUUCACAAAAUACCAUUGUCAACACCCAACAAGUGACUCUGCAAGAUCAACAACAACCUCCUCGACAACUUCAUCCUGCCACUCAAAUGGCAAUGGGAGAAGACAAUGAGCAAGAUCCUCUCGAAAAACAUCGUGAUUUGUUCGGCUUAGGCUUUGUGAAGGAUACAACCAAACAUUUGAAAGAGACAACUAUUUGGGAAUCUGGAUUUUUUGGUCUGAACAUUUUCACAACUACAGCCCAAAAGAAGAAGAAAUUGAAAGAAAUUUCCGAAAUGAACAGAGUAGAAAGUACCGAUAUAUUAGGAAAAGAUCAGCUUCAACAUCACAUGAAGCACCACAAAAAGUAUACUGUGAUGAGAACUGCGAGAGGUCAACCUUACCUACUCAAGACUGGACUUGAUAUUGACGAAGUUAAAGAAGUUCAGAACGAAUUCAGUCAAAUAAGAUUACCUUUUUGUUGCUCUUGGAAAACGUUAGAAGAUCACUACGGCCUUGGAGUUCGGUUAUAUUUUGACUUCGGUCGUUUGGUUAUUGUUUUGAAUGCAAUUUUACUAUUUUUCCAAUUGAUCAAUUUUAUACCUCAUCUCAUUAUCGAUACUAUUUAUAUUCAAACAUUCACAAACUUUUUCAAAGGAGAAUUUUCAAAUUAUGGUGGUUUGAUUGACAUCUUGUAUGGCAGUAGUUAUGAUCCUAAUUUAUAUAUUUUAUGGGUUGUCACAUCAUCAUUUAGUAUUCUAGCAACAGUCCUGUUUGGACCUAUUUACUGGUUUGUGGUCAGACGUUCCUUCCAAAAACGUGAUGUUUAUGACAUGGAAGAGGCUGACAUGGCUCUCGCUUUUGAUGCAGACGCAGAUAUUAUCAAGGAAAAUGUGGAAACACCAACAUUGCACCGUGUUGGCCGAUAUUUGGUCAGCUAUUCGAUCUUUGUUGGAUUUUUGAUUCUUUCCUGCGCAAUUACUAUUGGUUUCACAAUUCUUCAAAAUUUUACAACCAUUUAUGAAGCUGCUGAUGCUGUAUUCUCACAGAACACAGGUUAUUUAACUCUUAUUUCAAUUGGUAUUUCUUGCGUGGUUAACAUUGUCAACUUUAUUUGGAAAAAGAUUUGUAUUUAUUUGACCAAUUUCGAAAAACACAAAACAUGGAGUGGAUAUAGAACUCAUAACACAAUGAAAUAUUUAUUUUUCAAGCUAUUCAACGUGUUCUUGAUGGGAUUCACUAAGGGCUUAUUCAACGUUCCAUGUGUGAUUCGUACAUUGGGAAAUCAGUACUUGAUUCAAAUGAUUUUAGACUUUGUAGUCUUUAACGCCAUCGAACUCAUUUUGCCCUAUAUUGAAUACUAUAUCAAAAAGAAGAGAAAUAAGGGAAGCGAUGAAAAUGUUCGACCCGACUUUGACGUCUCUGAAGAAUAUUUGGAACUCAUCUAUAGACAAUAUAUUAUUUAUUGUGGAAUGACAAGUUUCCCAAUGAUCACUUUAAUUGCAUUUGUAGCCUCUAUUUUGGAGUUGUAUUUGGAUAAGUGGAGAUUGCUCAAACUCUGCAAGAAACCUCCAAUGAUCAACGGAAGUGUGAAGACUGUAGUGAGCUUUUUCCUUAUCAUCACGGCCAUUCUACCAAUGAUUAACUGGGGAGGAGGCAACAUUUACCCCAUGGUUGGAGUGUAUUGGUGCAACACUCCAAGCAACUUGGAAUGUGAACCAUGCAGAAUUUUGAAUGGUAAUGAAAAUUACAUUACAAACUUUGUGAACAAGUUGUAUGGAUACAGUUAA